CUGUUAUGACAUAAACAAAGAAAUACUUAAAUAUAAACAUUCAUUUAUUAUUAUUAUUGUAUCAAUAAUAAAAUUAAAAAUAUUUUAUUUUGUAAUGCUCUAAGUAUAGAUGGUUAAAGUAAUUUAUGUCUACCGUUUCUUCCGCAAAAAAAUAAACACGAUGAAUAUUAUAGAGCCUCCCUAAUGUUUCGACAAAACAUUUUUCUUUGAAUGACUUAGUUAUUAAUUUAGCGAUUUAUUAUGUGUGGAAGAAGAAAAUGAAUAAUUUGGAAUUAGAUGAGAAUAUCCUGGUUUCAUGUAGAGUGUGUUUGAAGAAAAACAGAAAAAUGACUGAUUUAUUUGAUGAAGCGAAAGAGAUUGUAAAGAAAAUAGAAUUCUGUACAGGAAUUUCGUUAAAAGAAGAUGUGGAACUUCCAAAAAAUAUCUGCAACACGUGCAUCCGGAACCUGUCUGUGGCACAUAAAUUUAAAACAACAUGUAUUCUCUCCGAGAGAACUCUGCAUAACUUGUUAGAUGUGAAAGUAAAUAUCAAUAGCAAUAUGAAAGACUUGGAAAACUGCAAAAUAGAGCUUAAGUCAGAGGAUUUAUAUGAUGAUGCAUCAAACUGUGGAUCGGAGAAUGGAAACUGUGAUUUAAAAAAAAUAAAAACCGAAUCGAAUGAAAACAAUUUACUGCCAGAUGAAAUUGAAAGAAACAGCGAGUCACGGAAAGCUAUAAAUACAUCAAGGAAACGGGGUACAUACAAGAAGGUCAGCCCAAGACGGCUCAAGAAGCUGAAAUUCAGAAAGCUGGCCUGCGAACCCUGCGGACUAAAGUUCACUGAUAAAAGACAAUCCGAUGAUCACAAGUUACAGCACAAAGAGGAGCCCUGGAUAUGUGAGAUCUGCGGCAAGUCAUUCAGUCACAGGUCGUCGCUGCACUCGCACGUGUCGUCCCACACCCGCAUGUUCUCGUGCGAGCACUGCGACUACAGCACGGGGAAUAAGUUCGACCUCAUCAAGCAUAUGCAGAUACAUCUAGGUCUAAAGCGUUUCAAGUGCACGGAAUGCCCGGCCGUGUACCGCACGUCUUCGUCGAGGCGUGACCACGUCCGACGGACACAUCUCCAGCUGAGACCUCACGCCUGUCACCUCUGCGACCGUACCUUCUACGAUAGGACAAAACUUAACAGACACGUUGAUUCACAUUUUGAUCUGAAACGGUUCGAGUGUGACAUAUGUCAGGCCUGUUUCUCCCGGAGGUGGUACUGGAAGAAACACCUGGAGAAGCAGCACGAUGUAGUGGUACCACCCAAGCGACCCGGCAGGCAGAGGACUACGGAAUAUAGCUUUGAUGUGACAGAGAAUUUAAAGUAAUAUAUAUAUAUAUAUAUAUAUAUAUAUGGAGAUAUAAAAAUAUACUCAUAUAUUUACUAAAGGACCAUUUAAAUAUUAUUUAUUUACAAACGGACUAUUUGUCCUAUAUAUAAAAUUGUCAUAAAAUGUAUAGAUAUCCAUGAAGGUAGAUUAUUAUAAUAAGAAUAAAAAAAAUAUAUCUUUAAAAUGUUUCAUUAAUAUAUAUGUGACAUUGGAUAGUUUUCAAAACAACAAUUUCAUAAUAAAUUCAGAUAAAAUAAAAACUAUACGAGAUUUCGA